GAAUACUAAAAAAUUCAAUGAGUAAUUAGGUCUGAACUUGGCCGGCCUACAACCAUAAGAUAAAAAGCCAAACACUCCUUUUGAAUUCCUCUUCACCACACAAUUCAUUCCACACCCCCCAGCCUCCCUAUUCCUUUUCCUUCCAAUUUCUCUCCUUCACAAGGUCUAGGCUUUCUUAAUUAGCAGCUAAAACCUCUGUGUGGAUCACUUUCAACUGAUGGGUUUGACCAGAAUUCAUUCAUAUCAAUGCAUAAUCACGGGGAAAUAGUUUAAUUUCCUGCAUUUUCCUGCGUUUUCUUGGCUGUCCCACACUAUAAGAAGAAAAUAGCCAAACAGUCGUUUUGAAUUCCUCUCAACAAACAAAAUUCAUUCCACAGCAGCCUUCCUUCUCCUUCACAGGUUCUAGACUUUCUUAGCUCAACCUUUGUUUGGAUCAUUUUCCUGCAUUUUCCUGAAUUUUCUUGGCCCUCCUACAACCAGAAGAAAAAGAUAGCGAAACAGUCCUUUUGAAUUCCUCUUUACUACACAAUUCCUUCACAAGGUUUGGACUUUCUUAGCUCAACCUCUGUUUGGAUCAAUUUCAAGUAUAUGGCCAGAAUUCAUUCAUUUCAAUGUAAUUUCACAUGGAAAUAAUUUUCCUGCAUUUUCAAGGAGAAAAGUGGUUCAAGAAAGGCAAUGGAGGCUCAAGCAGAGAAGGUCUACGUCGCGAUUGGGACCGAUAUACAAGAUGGAUUUGGGACCCUGAAAUGGGCACUUAGAAAGUGGAAUUCACAUUCAAUCUCCAUAGUAAUCCUCUUUGCAGCUAACGACGUAUCCAAAGAAUAUGUUUACACACCAUUUGGAAAACUACCUGCAAGUUCUGUUAAUGAUGAGAAAUUGAAAGUGCUUAGGAUGAUAGAGGAAAGGAAAAUUGACAAUUUACUAUCCACCUAUGUAGCAUUUUGUGGCCAUUUCAAGGUAAAAGCUGAAAUUCUUAAAAUUGAGAAACAUGAUGAACCCAUUCACAACAGCAUACUAGAAUUGAUACCCGAACUCGCGAUAACAAAAUUGGUUAUGGGAAUUACAUUCAUGAAGUCCUCAUCAUGGAAAUCUAGGAGUGCAAUCAGUGGAUCAUUUUAUGUUCACCGGCACAAACCCGAAUUCUGUGAGUUGUUCAUAAUAUGUGGAGGGCAAUUGGUUUUCUUGGGAGAGGAAAACAAUGGAGAACUUAUGGAGGAUGAUCAAGGAGUCAUGGUUGCUAAGGUCAGAGAAAAGGUUGGUUUCAAAGGUUGGCUUGAGAAAAUGAUCUCCCAAAAUUGUACUAAUGAGAAAAGUCUCCUUAGCUCACCUUCUUCGUCGACGGACAACAAUUCCCCUGAUGAAUGGAAACAUUUUUCCCAAGAGAUGGAAAACUAUUUCCAUCAAUUGUUGUCUUCCCAUUCAGAUGCAGAAGAUUGUGAAGAAGAGAAUGACACCUUGGAGACUAGUCCAACGGCACCAGAUAUGACAGAAAAUAUGAAUGCUGCAGAGAAAAUUGAAGUGCUAAAAAUGAGAAUAGCCAAAGCUCAUGAAGUGAUCCGAUUGAAGAGGAAACAAGCUAAGGAGGAUGUUGAAAGACAAACUAGAGCUGAAUGGGCCAUUUGUUUAUGUGCUCGCAGGGUUGAGGAACUCGAAGCAAGCACAAAAACAGAGAAAGCUGACAGCGUUGAACUCAAGAAAGACUUAGACACCGCGAAAGAAGAGCUUUGUGAAGUCCAGAGCGAAGUGGGAGAGAAAAAGAGUAAGCUGAAUUCGAUUUUGGAGCUCCAAGGUGAGCUCUCGAGCAAGCUCCAACUGUCCUCUCUAGCAAAAUCACGCGCAGAGGCAGAGCUAGAGAAGGCAGUGACCACAAGAGCUGAAAUGGUUCGUAAGAUUGAGGAGUUGAGACGACAAAGGGAUGUUUUGCAGCGUAGAAUCGAGUUCUGCAGAGAGAAGGAUGCAAUAGGAAUGGCCACAAGGUUGUGUGAUCAAUUGGAGUUUAGCAAUAAAGAGUACACAGCCGAAGAGAUCAGAAUAGCCACCGAUGAUUUCUCAGAGCGUUUGAGAUUGAAAUCAGCCGGUGAGAGGACAAAUGUGUAUAGGGGACGGAUCAAUUCUACGACAGUUGCUGUCAAAUUGUAUAAUGCAGUCAAUGGACCAUCUCAAGAAGCCUUCCAAACUAAGGUGAAGCUCCUCAGCCACAUUAGGCAUCCCCACCUACUCGCCAUGAUUGGAUUCUGCUCCGACCUAAAAUGCAUCGUCUUCGAGUACAUGCGUAAUGGCAGUGUAAGGGAUGCAUUGUUGCCCAUCCAUGGAAGCCCCAGAAGACGAAACAGGGGUCUGAAUUGGCAUGCUUGCAUACGGAUUGCAGCCGAGGUUUGCUCGGGCCUGGGCUUCCUUCACUCGGCCCAGCCCAGGCCCAUUGCUCACGGUAGCCUGAACCUCUCCAAAAUCCUCCUGGAUAGUAAUCUUGUUGCUAAAAUCUAUGGCUCUAAGCUUGGUUGGUGCUAUGAUGAAUCUGAUGUAAGGUCAGAUAUUCGUGCUUUCGGCAACCUAGUACUGCAGCUUCUCACUGGGACGAAUUGGGCCGAGCCCGUCCAAGAGGCGAUAAUGAUGGACAGUGCAGCAGUUGGUGGUGUUUUAGAUGAGAUGGCUGGAGAAUGGCCACUAGAAUUGGCAAUGGAACUUGUCAGGAUUGCAAAGAGGUGUUUGUCCACCAAUGAAGGGACCGCGACAAUCGCGAGAGCAAUCGGCGAGGUGAGAAAACGGGCGGACGAACUAGCGGCCAACGGAGGAUGUGAGGUGGCCAUUGGUGGAGGUGUUGAUAUAGAGGACUCCAGCAAUGUACCUAGUGCUUUUCUCUGCCCCAUAUUUCAGGAUGUAAUGAAGAACCCACAAGUUGCAGCAGAUGGGUUUUCAUAUGAGCUAGAAGCCAUGGAAGAAUGGCUCGGGACCGGUCACGACACUUCGCCCCUGACCAACUUGAAGCUCGACCACAAAAAGCUCACCCCUAAUCGCACCCUCCGUUCCUUAAUACAGGAUUGGCAUAACAAAAAAUCCAAACCCAUUGCAUGAAACAUUGUAAAUUUUAUUCAAUUUUGUUCAUAUCAUAAAAGAGCAUAUCAAGUUCAUUAGUUUUUUUUUUUUUUUUAAGAAUGAAUAUCAGUUAUGCAUUCUAAUUGCGUAAAGAGUAUGAUCUUGGCUACAAUCUAUCCCUAAACGGAUCAUAUUUAUAGUGGUGGUCGAGGAAGCUCGGCCAUUGGAUUGAUAUCUGAUUGGACGGUAUAAAUGAUCCUCUCCGACAAUUUGUCUAGUCAAAAGUUAAUCUGGAUGGGAUAUAUUGACUGUUACAUUUAAUGCAGAACAUACAGUGCCACUUGCAGGCGUCUCUGUAUUCCGACUUGCUAUUCCCCUAAUCUUGUGUGGGCACUUAAGUGCUUUUGAAACGUAAAUUUGCCACUUUCACCCGUUCCACACGACCUCAGCAUGUUUUGAGCCGAACUCUUUCCCAGCAAAAGUAUAUACAUGUGGAUCACAUAUUGAGACUCAGAAAGCAAAAUGCCCAUCUUGAAUGUAAACAUAUAGAUGCUAUCAAAAUAAAUAAAUAAAUAAAAUAGCCGACGGAUUUGAGGUUUUGUUA